UUUUAGCUUUAACAAAGCUCGGGGGGGAAUUUUGUUUCCCAAGAGAUUUUAUCAUGGAUAGCUCAAAAAAGCUUGAAGAUGUUGUAACUGUUGAUGUUCAUGCUGCAAAGGAUCUCCUUAUCUCAGGUCACAAAUAUUUGGAUGUGAGGACAACUGAGGAAUUUCAAAAGGGCCAUAUUGACAAUGCCCAGAAUAUUCCUUACAUGUUCAAAACACAAGAAGGCAGAGCCAAAAACCCUGAAUUUGUCACACAAGUUUCUGCUCUAUUCAAGAAGGAUGAUCCCUUAGUUGUGGGUUGCAACAGUGGAGGCAGAUCACUCAAAGCUUGUCUUGAUCUUCUGAAUUCUGGCUAUGAGAAUGUGACUGACAUGGGAGGGGGCUACUCAGCAUGGGUUGACAAGGGACUUGCUGGAGACCAACCACACGAAGAGCUCAAAACUACUUGCAAAUUUCGUCCUUAACUCAGACUCGAGAACUCAGAUGAGGAGUAUUUGAAUAGUAAAACAUUGUUUUUAAUGUUGAUGCCUAUUUGUAACAAAUAAUGGUUGUAUCAGUUGUUUUGAUGGAUUAGUCUUCUAUCGACUUAUGUGCAAAUCGUUAUGUCAAUAAAGGUUUAUCAUUUUUAUCGCAAUUGAUAUAAUAAAUCACAUAAUAUGUAUAAA